UUGGGACAAUCAGUUGGUGCUUUGUAUUGUGUGGGUUGGUGAUGUUCGUCUGAAAUUAAAUUAAUUUAUUUCAAUUCCGAUGCCCGUUCUGAGUUGAUCUCUUGUGCCAAGUUGGAAGCCGGGAAAUCGUGAAAUCGCGUGAAAAGGUGAAAGUGCCAGAGUGGGUGAAAUGGCAGUGUAUUUUAUAGCUAAAAAUCGACUGAUCAAAGCAGCGAAUUUCCAGCCUAUUCCUAACAAAUGGUCACCGCGAUGGACGGCAAUUGUGCGUCGGUCGACGUCGGCGAAGCAGCCGGCGCAACCAUCAGAUGGAGGCGGCGGCGGAGGCGGCAGUUCGCGUGGAAAAGGUAAAUUGAGUAAAAUAAAGAGGAAGCUCCACAGGGGUUGGAGCUGGAAGGCGGGAGCAGGUUGGACAAUAUUGUCAGUGUUGGAUUGGUGGUUGUUAGCAGCUGGAGGUUGGAUGACAUGGCACGGCGUUCUGUUGCGCUGGGCUCCAAUGGGACUUUGCCUGGCGGCAGCUAUUCAAUGGCAUCUGCACAAUAAGGAACUGGCUAGGAGGGGAUUACCCCGGACAGCGUCUCAGUGGCAGACAAAUGUUUACUGCUCCCUGCCAUUGAGAAUCUUCAGUCGAUGUUGGGGUUGGAUGGCAGAACGAAGAAUUCCCAUCCCACUCCGUCCAGCCAUCUAUGGUGCCUAUUCCACGACCUUUGGGGUCAAUCUCGACGAGGCAGAAGUGUCGGAUUUAAAGAACUACCGAAGUCUAUCGGAGUUCUUCACGCGUUCCCUCAAGCCUGAGUGCCGAGCAGUAGAUGCAAAGGCGUGCAUUGUAUCGCCGGCAGAUGGGACAGUUCUGUAUUUUGGACUGGCAACAGAUGCCCAAAUUGAGCAAGUGAAGGGUGUCUCGUACAGUCUUGAGGCAUUUUUGGGGCCACCGACGUGGCAUUAUGGGGAUGAUGCCAAGGGAUUUCCUGAGUGCUGUAAGCACCGACCAAGUGGACAGGAAACUGCAUUGUAUCAAUGCAUUAUCUACUUAGCACCUGGUGACUAUCAUCGCUUCCAUUCUCCCACCACGUGGCAGCCACAAGUGAGGAGACACUUUGCCGGUGAACUACUCUCAGUUAGUCCUAAGAUAGCUCAAUGGCUACCGGGAUUGUUCUGCCUGAACGAGAGAGCUCUCUACAUUGGACGGUGGCAACACGGAUUCUUCUCCUUUACCGCCGUCGGAGCGACAAAUGUGGGAUCCGUACAGAUCUACUUGGAUGAAAAGUUGAAGACAAAUCGAUGGAUUGGUCUUGAAGUGGGCACGCACAAGGGCAAUGAUUACGAUGAGCUGUCAUUGCCGGAGAAUACGAUGCUGCAGAAGGGUGAAUUAUUGGGACAAUUCAAUAUGGGCAGUACAAUUGUUCUGAUCUUCGAAGCACCGAAAGAUUUUGCAUUUGCCAUACAACCGGGACAGAAAAUCCGUGUUGGGGAGAAAUUGGGAUGCCUCGAGGAGGAGAGUGUGACUCUAGCUGUGGCCUCGUGAUGGUACGCCACAGUGUAUGAUAAAUUCCAAGAGUACAAUGGCAGUGACUGGACAUGUAGAAGUUUAGUCAGAAGAAUUGCGAUUUUCUUCAUUGAAGCAAAGUUUUCUUUAUAAGGUUAGUUGAUAUGUAGAUAGUUUUGUAAUAGGAAUUAAAAUUGUGAAUUUAUUAAGGUUAGACACUUGUGAAAAUCCUGUAAAGCUUUAUAGAAAAAUAAUUUUCCAAAUAUAAAGAUUUAUCGUUAAUGCCAA